UGUAUGCAUUACGUCAUCUACUGAAAUAUAAAUAGGCAGGUCGCGAUCUCUCCUGGCAGUCGGUUAGUUAGGAUCAGACCUGACUACGUGUCUAGCUGUUAGAUUCAUUCUCACGAUCAGAGUUGACAGUUCUUGAGAUUGUGGUCGUAAACGGGAUUGUCUGGCUGUUUUGCACCUAACUAUCAAGACAAGAAGAGUGAACUAGUUUUCAAGUCUCUGUUGCAAGUGACAAGCAGUGAAUAGCUAUAUAGAAAGAAUCAGACAAGAUUAUGGAAAAAGCUGCGCAGUUUGCGGGAAUCCUCCUUAAAGGAGCAGCAUCUCCAGAAGCUCUUGUUGCAAAAUAUGCUGAAAAGUUUCUUGACGGUGCAAUAAAGCUGAACGAAUUUAUAGAUGAGGCAAGAAAUGCUUGGGCUGACUCUAAGGAGAUAGGCAAUUAUUCGUGGGAUGCUGUGCGCAGUGCCGUAGAAUGUGCGCUAGAUUUCAUCAAUGUAGUUAAACAGUUUGCCAGUUGGGGUCAUUCUGCUGACAGGAUUGAGAGGGUGAAGUCGGCACUGAAAGCUGGAGAUUUUAAAGCUAUCGAUUCCUUUAUGGAUACACUCGAUACACAUGUGGAACAAACAAACGAACGCUAUAAAUUGUUUCAAAAGAAUGCUGAUAAAGCAAUAGAAGAAACGUACAAUGCAGCGAAAGACGUGGAGAAGAAAGCCACCAAAGCCAAGAGCCGCAAAAGAAUUGUGCGGGGUGUAGGUGGGACUGCAUCUUCACUCUUACUAGCUGGCGGCAUUACCGGUACCGUCCUCACCGUGCUGUUUCCACCCGCAGGAAUACCUUUGCUUGUCGUAGCGGCUGUCGGUACAGGAAUAGCAGCUACAGGAGGAGUAGCAACUGCUGUUGGUACGGGCAUUGCAGCAGCAAACAUAAAAAAAACAGCAAAACAGAUGACAGAGUUGGCUCGGAUGCUGAAUGAUCUGUCAACGUCAGCCGGCUGUUUGCUUGAGAACGUGCAAGAAGCGAAGACUUGGUUACAUCAAUGUUUGAAUACAAUGGCUGUUACUCGCACGGCCUAUGAGCACGCCAAGAAGGGUUAUACCCCCGACACCAUAGAUGCAGUGGAACGUUUUAGAAUGGAAUCACAGACGUUACACAGUGCAGCCAGCGUUGCAGGUGACGUACUGACAAAGCUCAAACAAGAUCUGAAGUCACAUAUGCACUGCAGUCCUCGUGCAUCCAGCGACAAAAAAUAACAGAAGUCUUAUAUAGACUUUGUUUGCGGUUUGUUAUGGUCGGCUCUAGGCAGUUGUAUUUUGGGUACUUAAUUGUUGUGAGUAUGUGUUUGCGCGAAAGUGUCCGUCCUGUGUUUUUUCUUUAGUAUUUGUGUACACUUAUUGACUGACGACAACAACUUUUCUAGUCUCCGCUGGCUUGUGGUAGUAUAAUAGCAUGACUGAGUGCGAGUUGUGUACUGAUCAAGUGUAUUAGUUAAACUGUAUACAGUAGUCUACAUUGCUGAAAUUAUAAUGCAUA